UUCAAAAGAGAAGCUCUGAGCCUGGGAUGAAGAGGGAGGAGAGGCGGAGGAAAGAAGGAGGGGCCAGCCGGGCCUCCCUCCUCUCCUUCUCCUUCUUCUCCUUCUUCUCCUCCUCCUCCUCUCCGCAGGGCUUGCUGCAGGAAUCAUCUUCUGGGUAGUGAGAAUAAAAGGCUUGGAAGGUAGAGCUUGAUCAUGUAUACAACAAAAGCCUCCUAGAUGCAUGGGGAUUUCCAAACACGCUCUGAAAUGCUGAGAAGGAAACUUCGUCAGUGUCAUAUUCUACGUUUCAAGUUUCUCUUGGUGUUAAUUUUUACCAUUGGGACCUGGUCCCUUAUCCGAACUCACCAGAAACCAAGCUAUCUGCAUCAUGAACAUCUGGAGCUGAGUGAUGAAACCCCCGAUUCUAAUAUAAACUGCUCCAAGAUAUUGGAGGGUGAUCCAGAGGAAAUUCAGAAAGUAAAACUAGAAUUGUUAACUGUUUCAUUUAGAAAGCGCCCAAAGCUAACUGCAAAUGACUACAUUAACAAGACAACAGAUUGUGCCUCCUUUAUUAAGAGACGGAAAUAUAUUAUGGAACCCCUGAGCAAAGAGGAAGCAGAAUUUCCCAUUGCUUAUUCAAUAGUAGUUCAUCACAAAAUUGACAUGCUUGAAAGGCUUUUGCGAGCCAUCUAUGCACCUCAGAACUAUUACUGCAUUCAUGUUGAUAAGAAGUCUCCUGAAUCUUUCCUGGCUGCAGUUAAAGGGAUUGCUUCAUGCUUUGGCAACAUUUUUAUUGCCAGCCAACUGGAAAGUGUUGUGUAUGCCUCGUGGAGCAGAGUGCAAGCUGACCUCAACUGCAUGAAAGACCUCUACAGGAGGGGUGCGAACUGGAAGUACCUGAUCAACCUUUGUGGUAUGGAUUUCCCUAUCAAGACUAACCAGGAAAUAAUAGAGAAGCUGAAGGCCCUCAAAGGUGAAAAUAGUUUGGAAACUGAGAAAAUGCCUUCAAACAAGGAGGUACGGUGGAAAAAGCAUCAUGAAGUUAUUGAUGGUAAGGUAAAGAAUAUGGGAAUAGACAAGCAGCAUCCGCCUCUCAAUACACCCAUUUUCUCUGGCAGUGCCUACUUUGUUGUUAGCAGGAGGUUUGUUGAAUAUGUAUUGGAGAACACCAACAUCCUUGCUUUUAUAGAAUGGGCUAAAGACACGUACAGUCCUGAUGAAUACUUGUGGGCUACUCUUCAGCGAAUUCCUGAAGUUCCUGGAGCUGUCUCCGCCAGUAAUAAAUAUGAUGUCUCAGACAUGAACGCUCUGGCCAGGUUUGUUAAGUGGCAUUACUUUGAGGGGGAUGUGUCAAAGGGUGCCCCGUAUCCACCUUGCAGUGGGAUACACAUCCGCUCAGUGUGUGUCUUUGGAGUGGGAGACUUGAACUGGAUGUUGCGAAAGCACCACUUCUUUGCCAACAAGUUUGACACUGACAUCGACCCCUUUGCAAUACAGUGCUUGGAUGAGUACUUGCGAGACAAAGCUCUCUAUCAACUCAGACACUGACAGGCAAUAUUCUUCAUGGUACAAGCUGUCUUCUUUUGAUAAGGAUGUCAAAGAGAUACUGAGUGCAUUGUGUUUCUUCUUGCCUUUUUAAAAAACAGGUGUUGCAAGAUUAUGUUGUUCUGUGCAUUUGGAGAUCAGGUUUCCUCCAAAAUGAUCAUCAUAAUAUGCAUUUUGUUACAAAGGGCAUUCCGCUAUGAGUGGUGGUUUCCACAUCAGUGGGAUGGGGAAUCCUCUGGAUCUGGACCACAAAGGAGUUAACAGAGGUACUAUCCCCUAUCUCGUUUGAAGUCAGAAUAAAACCCAGAGGACUUGCUUUCCCAAUCACAUGGAAGUCCACUAGCCACCUCUGCUAAAGUUUUUUUUUAAGUUAAACACUUCUUAACCUCUCCAUUUAUUUUACUUUUUAAAAGAUGAUAUUAGAGAGCCAGUCCUGGAUCCUCAUCUGUCAUGGCCACUCAGGUUCUUUUUUCAUAAUUAUGACUAAAGAGAAAGAAAGGGAAGGAAUAGAAUUGCCAUGUUCUUGGGAUAAAAUUUCUUGGGAAAAAAUUCUUGAGAUGUCUAGCAGGAAGAGAGCAAGAGAUGAAAAUUGAUUUGAGUAAUUAGCCAUAGUUACAAAAUCUUAAGAGCAUCCAGAUGCUCUUUUUGCUGAGAUGUCUCUCUGGCCAAAUAACUAAAUCAUGAAUUUUUCACAACAACUCAAGGUAUUUUUGCAAAUAGGCUCACCAGCUAUCUGUGUAGAUUUAUGUUCAAAGGAAACCACAAUUUUUAAGCGUUAAUUUUAGGAAUCAACUUUAUCUUAAAUCACAUUAUAUUAGGUUUCCAGACUGGUGUGGCAGAAGUGUUCCAGCUAAACUUUUUCUCAGGGAAAAUAUCCACGUGCCUCAUUCUGUUAAGUACUUUAUUUUAUGAAAUAUAUCAGCUUUUGUAUGUUGUUCAAGAACACUCCUUGGAAUAUUUACUAUAACUGCUGAAGGGAAAUUCUGACUUAGCAGUGUGAGAUUUGACUUCCUGGGUACCUUUAAAUAUAAACUGGACAAUUCCUUUUAUUUGCAGGAGUUUGUAGUGCUAAACAGAAAAUGGAAAUUUGUAGUCAUGUAACCCUAUUUUCUUACAUUAAACUAAAACUUUGGAAUGGCA